AUGCGUGCCGACAGCACGAAUUGGAUCCGCGUUGUUGUGAGGGACGCACCCUUUUUGAGCAGUUGGUGCGCUGCAGCCAUACGCCGUCAUUGGGAGGGAUGGAUGCCCAUCCGCAUCAACGUAUCCACAAGGGACCUGGAUGAUGCCGGGAAGUAUUGGAUCUCAGAGAGGCACCACGCACUGAAUUCAUUGAAUGACAAUUGCGAGUGUGAGGGUGACGUUGUAUCCUCUGCGCACGGGACCAUUCUCGAGGAUGAAGUUGUCCCUGUUGCUGUCAAACUGCAUGCGGAUCGUCUGCUCGUGCAGCCACUGGAGGGUCCUUUGAUUGUGCCCCCAUUUGCCACGGGCAGCGUUUGCAUUCGGUUCACGGUGCGUGCUGGGCAUUGUUCCACUGGUGUUGCCAAUGCUGACAUGGUGCUGUGCGUGGCAGAGCGCUGUCGGUGGUG